AUGCUAUUCUGGGGCGUUCUCCUGGCCGUGGAAGCAUGGCAGCUUGCGGGCUCCCUGAGGAUGUCCUCCGGUUCCUGCACCUUUGAAGUGGACACUUGUGACUUUGACUCCGAAUCUGCUUUCCAGCCUUGGAUCUUAAAUGAAGAAGGCCAUUGUAUUUAUGUGGAUACCUCCUUUGCAAAGCAGGGGGAAAAAGCCAUACUCAUAAGUUCUGACUUAGAGGCUGAGGAAUGGAGCUGUCUUCGACUGGUCUACCAGAUAAUUUCAUCUAGCAGGGCUCCAUUAGAGCCCAGUCAACUGAACCUCUAUGUGAGAUUUGAAGAUGAAAACUUUGAUCGCUUACUUUGGUCAACUAACGAACCAUCAGAUAGUUGGCUCAUAACCAGCCUAGAUUUGCAAAACAGUCCCAAGAAAUUCAAGAGCAUGGAAAAACUGCCUUUCAGUGCCAUGCAAGCAAGCUGCAAUUUUGAGACUGAUUUCUGCAACUUUCACCAAGAUAAGGAAGGUUGGGGCUGGACCCGAGUAAAAGUAAGACCAAACAUGUAUCGCUCUGGAGACCACACUUCUGGCUUUGGAUAUUAUUUGCUGGCCAAUACAAAGUUUACAUCUCAGUCGGACUACAUUGGAAGACUAUAUGGCCCCUCCCUGCCUGGAAACUUACCAUAUUGCCUACGUUUUUAUUAUGCCAUCUAUGGGUUUUUAAAAAUGAGUGAUACCCUAGCAGUUUAUAUCUUUGAAGAAAACCAUGUAGUUCAAGAGAAAAUCUGGUCUGUGCUGGAGUCCCCCAGGGGUGUUUGGAUUCAAACUGAAAUCACCUUUAAGAAGCCCAUGCCUACCAAGGAAUCAGGAAGCUGGUCGGUGAAAGGGCUCCUUACUGGGGAGCAACUCCUUCCGAAUCUUGAAGAAGUUCUUGCCCCAUGUGUUUUAGUAACUACCAUAAUGAACCUUUUACUUUACAUCAGGGGUCUCAAACUCGCGGCCCGCGAGCCGUUUGCGGCCUUCUCCUUAUGCAAAAGUCUUUGGGACUGUGGACUUGUUGCCCUGGAUGACAUUGCAAUUGAAGUUGGAAGCUGCUCAUCUCCAGGGAAACAUCUAUCUCUACCUGGAGAGUGCACUUUUGAAAAAGAUGAAUGUGCAUUUACUCAGGAGAAACAGGACAGGAGCAGCUGGCACAGGAGAAGGGGAGGAACUCCUACUUCCUAUACAGGACCCAGGGGGGAUCACACAACUGGGGUAGGCCAUUACAUGUAUAUUGAGGCCUCCCACAUGGUGUAUGGACAGAAAGCACGCCUCCUGUCCAAGCCUCUGCGAGGAGUCAUCAGGAAACACUGCUUGAUCUUUUUCUACCACAUGUAUGGGGCAGGAACUGGCCUGCUUAGUGUUUAUUUGAAAAGGGAAGGUCAAGAGUCCCUCUUAUGGAGAAGAAGAGGGGAACAAAGUGUGUCCUGGCUACGAGGUCUGAUCGAAUACAGCUGCGACAGACAACACCAGAUAGUGUUCGAAGCCAUUCGGGGAGUGUCGAUAAGAAGUGACAUUGCCAUAGAUGAUGUUAAAUUUCAAGCAGGACCCUGCGAAGAAAUAGAAGAUACAACUCAACAAUCAUCAGGAUAUUCUGAAGACUUAAAUGAAAUUGAAUAUUAAGAAAUUAUUCAAAUUUGAUUAAACAAAAGCCAUACCUCUCUUCAAUCAAAAUGAAAGCAAAACAAAUAUGGGACAGUCUUAACCAUUUAUUUCUUAAGUGAUGA